AUGUUAACACAACUUCAAGGACGUCCCGGUCGUCGCUACCUCGCCAUCGUUCUCUGCCUCGUCAUUGUCGUCUUCCUAUGGCACAACUUUAGCUCCGGUCCGGUGGAAUCCGAUUCGUUCGACAGCACAUCCCCCGAAGCGGAUGACGAUGGAGCGGCGCUGGUUGCUCCCGGUGCCAAAACGGUCGACAGCUUCAAAUACAUACCGAGCACGUACGACUGGAGCAAGGCCGAGGAGUUCCAUCCCGUGGACCAGCAGUUCAAGCUACCGAGUGGCCAUGCGACCAAGUUUCCCCGCAUACAGGCUCGGUCGACGAGCAAGAUUCUGAAGGACAAUAUCUCGGCGUCGAGGAAGCAGACGAUCAAGUCCAAGUUUAUCAAGAGCUGGGAGGCGUACAAGAAGCAUGCGUGGACGGAAGACGAGCUGAUGCCGCUGUCGGGCAAAGGCAAGACCACAUUGUCAGGAUGGUCGGCUCAGCUGGUCGAUGCGCUCGACACGCUCUGGAUUAUGGAUCUGCAGGAUGAAUUCCGACGUGCCGUGAAGGAAGUUGCGGUCAUUGAUUGGGCCAGGCCCAGCGAUCCCAAGAUCAACCUCUUCGAGGUGACCAUCAGGUACUUGGGAGGCAUCCUCGCAGCUUACGACCUCUCUGGUGAGGAUGCACUGCUAGCCAAGGCUGUCGAGCUGGGCGAUGCCUUGUACAGGACAUUCGACACGCCCAACCGCCUGCCCUCGCAUUGGCUCUACUACGAGACAGCCCGUCAAGGUCAGCAGCAAGCCGACACGAGCAUGUCCGGGGCGGCGGGAGGCUCGCUAUGCGUGGAGUUUACACGCCUGAGCCAGCUCACAGGCAACGACAAGUACUACGAUGCGACAGAGCGCAUCAAGCAGUUCUUCUACCGCUUCCAGAACAAGACGGCCAUUCCAGGGCUGUGGCCUCACGACAUGAACUAUCGCGAGGAGAUUGUCGAUGACACGAGGUUCAACCUGGGCGCAGGCAUGGACUCGCUGUACGAGUACCUCCCCAAGAUGCACCAGCUUCUCGGCGGCCAGGAUCCCGAAUAUCAGGAAAUGGUGGUUGCGGCUCUGGACGCUGCAAAGGUCAAUGUCCUCUUCCGUCCCAUGACGCCAAACGAUGCCAACAUCCUCAUGGCCGGCAACGUCGUGGUGAGGAACGGCCAGGCCAAGUUGACAGCCGAGAUGGAGCAUCUUACCUGCUUCAUCGGGGGCACGUACGCACUCGCUGGCCGACUCUUAGCGCGUGAGGACUACGUUGACCUUGCCUCGCGCUUGACGAACGGUUGCAUCUGGGCAUACGACAACUUUGAGACUAACAUUAUGCCGGAGUCGUCCGAGCUCGUUGCUUGCCCGACCCUAGAUGGCCCUUGCGAGUACGACAGCAGCCGGUUCCCCGCCACGCGCAGCUCACACCUGCCCGAUGGCUUCGUGAAGGUGAAGGACUCUCGGUACAUGCUCCGACCAGAGGCGAUCGAGAGCGUCUUUUACAUGUGGCGCGUCACGGGCGACCACGCCUGGCGCGAGGCCGCAUGGCGGAUGUGGGAGGGCAUUGUGAAGGAGACGGAGACGGAGCUGGCCUUUUCAUCGAUUGCCGAUGUCAAAGCCCACGCGAGCACAAAGUCUGACUCCAUGGAGACGUUCUGGAUGGGCGAGACGCUCAAGUAUUUCUACCUGAUCUUCGAUGACGAGAGCACAAUCAACCUCGACGACGAUGACGUCGCGCAGCAGCUGGCGAAGAAGAACCACUAUGAGCGAUUGAGGAUCAAGCCGACGGCUACCAAAAGCGAGAUUAAAAAAGCCUUCUACUCACUGUCGAAAACGCACCACCCGGAUGCGAAUCCCUCUGCCCCGGCCACCGCCGCACAGAGCUUCUCCCUGCUCUCCGAGUCCUACUCCAUUCUCUCCAACGACACAUCGCGCGCUACAUAUGAUCGGUCCCUCGCCCCGGCCUCCGCCUCAGGUAUACACCACCCACGGGGAUCAUACCACUCGGCAGGAGGACGACCGGCAAGCGGACUAAGCAGGCGAAGAGGCACAUACCGCGGGCCCCCGCCGAGCUUCUACAGAAGUGGUGGGUACGGAGAGCACACGGAGAAGAGACAAAAGGCGCACGAGGACACCACGUUCUCGGGGGCUGGUGGUGCUCGUGCGUCUUCCGAAAAGAAGACCGCCCACCAUGGCGGCAUGGGACCGGGCGACGACCCCUUUGGUCAUCACGACGACGUCUUGCACUGGGAUCGCAAGAGCCACCACAAAACACAGAAGAGAGAGGACCACCGACGGUGGGCGCGGACGCACAAGAAGGCUUGGAACGAUGACGGGACGCAAUUUGAGCCGCAGAUGAGUCAAGGCAGUCACUUUAUGGUGGUUUUGGGACUCUUGUCGAUCAGUCUUGUGGCGCCGGCCUUGUACAUGUCAAAAAUGCAUACAAAGAAGAACGACAGGCGAUAG